AUGUCGCCGAAACGAGCCUGCGACAUCUGUUAUCGACGAAAAAUUCAGUGCUUGAUACCUGAAGCAGGGGUUACCUGCGAUUGGUGCCGACACCACGACUCUCAAUGUACUUUCAACAGAGAAGCUCCGCGUAAAUCCAAGCAGAACAGGCUUAAAUUGACCGACGUCCAUGAUUUGUAUCAGCGCAUUCAACACCUGGAGUCGGCACUGGCACAGGCAAAUGCGCAGCCGCUAGGGCGUGAUGAUGCGCUGAACUUCGUAACCCCCACAAGCUGCUCAGUAGAGACGCCGGCUUCUUCAGCGGCCUCAGCAGCAGCUGAACUCACGCCCGCAUCUCAUUCAGCCCGAGAAACAGAAUUCCCAGGCUUGCGACAAUCUUCAAGUUCUGUGACCUCUAUCCCAGCUUCCGAUUUUCCCUGCUUUGCCUCUCAUAUCGGGCCGAACUGGUUCUUCAGAGGCAUACAUGCUUUCUCUGAAGAGGGUCGCCAAUGGAUUUCUUCCAGAACGGGCCAGACCGUCGACUUGAGGAAGCUGCGACUGUUCACAUCCAACUAUGCGCCAUCAACGAGUUUCUCUUCCGCGUUUCCCGGAGUAUCAAGCUUGCCUGACAAACAAGUUCUGCGUGAGCUUGCGUCAUCAUUCUUAAUGUCCCCUUUGUGGCUCUCAUUCCCAGUAAUUGAUCGUUUCUCUUUCGACGAGACACUCGACAUCGCAUAUGGCAUGUCAGACGAUAGGCCUAGUUCACCUACCCAGCUCGCGGCUUUGGCGUCUGUUUUGGGCAUCUUGAGUCUAAUGAGCCACUGCAAAGAUUUGGGUAAUGACUACCUCUCUGGUAUUGACGCGAAUGGUUGUGCCAACAAAGCUCGUCAGUUGUAUACCCAUUCGACGCUAGAUGGCCACUGGCAAGAAGCUGGCUUCUAUCUACCUCUCGCCUGCAGCACAGUGUCUGCCUUAGGGGGACACACCUAUGCUUUGAACAAUACACCAGACGAUGGGACCACUCUAUCUGCGAAGAAGAGACUUCACCUUCGGAAUCUCUUCUGGAUAUGCUAUAUUGCAGACAAGGACUUGGCGCUGCGUACUGGAAGACCGCCCCUCUUGUCAGCUGUUUUCUGUGACUUGUCUAUUCCAAAGGAUUAUGACCAACACUACGCCUACCUUCGAUCCUUCGAUGAGCCAGUAGACCGCCCGAUUUCGGUUGGCAAUGGGCCAGUUCCGCAUUUCUCAGGCGAUCUCGUCCUUAGUCAAACUAAAGAGAAGGUUUACAGGCUUUUGUACUCCCCGGCGGUCAGCGAAGCUAAGGACACGACUCUGCUUCUACAUAUCCGGGAAUUAGAUGAAGAGAUUGAACGCUGGAGACUGUCGAUACCGCUAGACUUUCGACCGGCAUUAUCAGCCUCUCCGCAAACCCUUCUCGCAACAUCCCAAACAAACCCUCGGCAAUACACCAAGUGUUUCGCCUUGCAAUUGGAGUAUCUCCAUAUGAUGACUUUUGUACAUACCACUGUAAGGAAGUACGACGCCGACGACAGCCAGAUUGAUGGUCCACUCGACCUACAUAGCGUGAUUCACUCGAGCUACGAUCUGUCUCUUGAGGCUGGCCGAUCUAUGCUUCGGUGUCUGAGUCUAUUUCUCUCAAAUAUGCCAUCAUGGAGUCUAUGGUCGUGUAUACACCACGCCACGAACGCUGCCAUAUCACUCUUCUUGGAUAUGGUCAUACAUCCGUACAGCCCAAACGGAUCUCUUGAUCUUGAGCUUCUCAUCUCUGCCGCUAAUACCAUCAAGUCCCUCGCAAACAGGGUUCGGACUUCCGUUGAAGCUGACCGAGUUCAAGAAACGGGCGACUUUUUCAUGUGGCUAAUGUGGCUGGGGUCAUGCGCAAUAGCAAAAGCAAAGGAAGCACCUUUUAAUCUAGCAUCGUAG